GCCACGUGCCUGGGCGCCGAACCAACUUGCCGCAGCACGCCAGCCCUGCCGGCCGCUGAUUGGCUGAGAGCAGGGCCGCGGAAGGCGGGAUUCCCUUUUGCUUUUCUUACCUCAUCCCAGGCUGGGAACCCCCCCCAGGCAGCGGCACCUUUAUCGCGCGGCGGCGAGUCGCGGGCAGCCAGAGCCCCUGAGGCCAGCGAGAGGAGCGCGUCGCUCGGCACCGUCCUGCGCCUGACACGGGCCCAGGCAGCUUGAUCGCAGCUCCCCGCGAGUCCCGCCCGGCGGAGCGAAAUGAUGCCCGGAAAGCCCCUGCGCAAGGGCGCGCAGCAGCCCCCGGCGCCCGCUGCAGAGCAAGAAUCUAUAAUCCAAUGUGCUUUGCAACUGAGAAAAAUAGGAGAUAUUCUGAAUUUGCAGCAGAAGAUUCUGAAUGUGAUUACAAAACUGUUCUGCCCAGGAACGUGAACACUCUUUGGAGAUGGCAAACAGAAAAGAAAGGAAGAAAACAAUGGCUUUGGAAAAUACGGUCUUUACAAGCCUGUGAAAAGCGAUUUGAAUGAAAUGAGAAGAUGGAAUGAGCAUUACUUACACUGAUUGUUCCCACGGAAGGAAAGCUGUCGAAAUAGACUUUUUCUGGAGAGCUCCACAGAUGCAUUUUCUGGUGGAUGUCUGUGGGGGAAAACAUUGGAAUUAAUUAUUCCAAAGACUGACCUGUGGAGUGAAUUAGAAGAGCAAGGAACCAUGGCUUCUCAUAUGAUAAGUGUGUUGAUGUCCCACUUCAUGAGAUGCAUCUAGUUCUAUUGCACAGGCAGAAAAUGCCAGUUACCUCCAAACACUGGAUUGGAAUGUACAAUGAAAAUUAAGUUCUUGGUUGUUUUUGUUUUCUAAAAUGUAGACUCUGUUGGACAAAGCCUCGUGUGGAACAUUAUUCUUUUUUUAUUGAAGCACAUUUUCUAUCCAUGAUGUAAUUUGUUAUACAGGUGUUUCUCUAAUAAAUAACAUUGUAAUUCUGUUAUUUACAAGGUUGCUGCAUGGCUCUAUAAUGUAUAUACAUGCAUGAAAAGAGUAUUUCAUGGAAUUUAAAUAGAUGGUUAUACACCAGAAAUAGUGUAGAUAACUAUUCAAAUGGUGCUAUAAAGAAUGCAUUAAAAAUUAAAGGAAGCAUGGUAGCUUCUUGUGAUUAAGAAAGUAUAGCAUACAGUCAGUAUUCUAAGAAAAUUACUGAAUAAGGAAAUGUAAUAUAUUAAAGCAUGUAUUAUAUCACAAAAUAAGUUAGAGAGGUGUGCAAGGUUGAAGGAGGAUUCCUUCACAUCAUCAGAAGGGCUAUUUAAGCAGAAUAAGCUACUGUUUUAAUUUUAUUAGUUGGUAAUAAAAUUACUCUCAGAACAAAUAGAAAUUUAAACUAAAAUGGAAUCUGCAGUUUUCUGGAGAAAAAACAUGAAUUCUUUUUUUCAAAAGCAACUGCUUGGAUAAAGAGAUAGCCAUAAAGCUGAAUGUUGCAAUAGUUAUCAGAAAGCAAUGUAUUGCUUCUAAAUGAAAGCUAAGACUUGGGAAAUAAAGGUUAAGAAAAAAAAUCUCAGCUCUCGUUUGGUGUCAAACCAUUUUUGUUUGUAAUUAUGAACGAAGAAGCUAUUAUUUUGUCUAAUGGAUAGUGAUGUUAGUGAAAUGUUUGUUAUAGCCUUAUUGACAAGCUACAUUUGUGUAUGGCUUGGAGAAUAGACUUGCUCUGUCAUUCAGGCCCCUAAAAAGCAAUUUUUCUGCUUAUAUAUUUUAAAAGCCCCAUGAGUCAAAUUCAAGAGACAGUGCAACUGUCUUAGGCUUAAGACAUUCCUAAGCCAAAUUAAUCAGUCUUAAAUGAUGGGCUAAAUUAUACAUGGGGCGUAUGAAUAGUAUGAAAAUAUUGUAACUUGCCUAAGUUUGGUAUUAUUUUGGUGUGCAAAAUAAGGGUCAGUUUCAGGCAGAAAGAAGAUGGAGUAAGAAAAAUCACUUGAAUUCUCACUCUUGCUUCUACUGCACUUUCUUUUUGCAUAAAAUUGCAUCUGUCGUAUUACCUUCUGAAAGCCAGAUCAGAGCAAGUUAUACUAUUUCACUGCUUGCAUCCAUUAGGCGAUCCUUUGCCUUUCGUGUGUAAUUAAUUCCAUGCUAGAUCACCAAUUAAUUUGGUCCUAUGAUGUUUCACGAAUCUGUUUUCCUUUUGUGUUUUUACUGUAAAACUCUUUCAGUACCAAGGGCCAAGUAUCCAGCUAUCUGAUUUGCUGACACUGAUGUCAUUUGGGAUUAUCUCAGCAGAUGCUGGGGUUUUGUUUUUUGUAUGUAAAGGGCCCAAUCUGGCUCCCAGCAAAGGCACUUUUGCAUUGGCUUGAAUGAGAGCAGGAGUGGGUCCAAACAUACAAGGUUUCCUCCUCUAUGAGCUAUCAGUUAUUGUGUUCUCAGUGAGAAUGUAGCAUUUUGGGAUGGGAUUGUUUUAUCCACCAUGCCACAAGCUAAUGUGACAAACAUGAACUUGCCUCCCUAGAGGUACAGAAUCCUAUCUCGUUCAAAAGCACUUUUUCAGUUAUUAAAGGGUGACUGUUUUCCUUUCUGCUAUGCCACAUUUUAGCUCACGGAAUAACUCCAUGAGACUAAGCAAAGCUGUUCAUUCACGGUUUGCUCUAACGGACACUGAAAUCAAUGAAAAAAGGCUCCCUAUGGUUUCUGUGUAAUUGAAUAAAAUGCCAGUGAGGUCAAUAAUAGUUAUGUCAGUGUAAGAAUCACAGGAAAGUUUAGCAUUAAGGCAUUGGGUGUUCAGCUCAAUAUAUGCAGCCUUACAGUUAAAUAAGAUGCAACCAGGGUUUCAAAUGGCCCCCAUCAGUAGUUCCAGGCUGUAAGCAGAAAUAAUAGCAUAAAGCAGUGAGAAUGAACUGUGUAAAUGUCACGGAGGCAUUUCAGCUAGGAGGUGUGUGCAGCACUUUAUUAUACAGAUUUCUAAUGGCAAUGUUUACUUUUGAUGGAAUGUUUUUAUGUUGCUACAUUCUAGUGUGUGUUUAUUUGGUGAUUGUUUAAUGUUACAUCACUCAGUCUGUUCAGAGUCAAUGCAAAAGAAGAAUUAGUUCAAAGUGACUAAUAUCUGUAUAUAAUCUACAGUCUGGUUUUGUAUUGUCUGGGCACAGAUCCCUUGCAUUACUUUUCAAAAUGAUGUGGCCUGACUGUAUCAACAUGAAAUUGUUUUUCUCAAGGCAUUUUUGGAGUUAUGGCUUGAUGUAUUGUUACGUGUCUUCAUAAAGUGUGUCUGUUAUUAUCUCAUUACGAUAAUAAACAUGAUAUGUUUACAAG